AGCGGGAGCAGCAUGAUUCCCGGUCCGUGCGCUCCUGAAAUCAGGAUCCGGAAUGGCUGCAGCAGACACACACCGCGCUGCUGCGAUGUGCUAGUGAGUUAGUGGGGUGAGGACUUCAGUCCAUGACUCAGCAGACGGGAAGGAGGAGGAGGCGGCGGCGGGAGCAGCAGCAACGGGGAUUUUUCCGCCAGCUAGUACACAACUGAGAGCAGCGAGCGAGCGAGGCGGUGCAGAUGGAUCAGCAGCACCCAGCUGCAGUCCUGCCCUGGAAUAUGGAGGGCCCCCUCCUCUUGAGCUGAUCUUGCAGCAUUGCACCGUGCUGUGCACCUCCAGCUCCUGCAUCACAUAAAUGCCCCGUUUUAAUGCCGCUGCUGCUGCUGACACCGAGGCGAUGGCUGCCCAUCGGUUGGCAAUUUACAGCAGGGGCGGGAGGAGGAGGAAGGGGGCUGAAUCCCAAACUUUGCUCCUGCUGCCUCUGGCUGCUCAUCAAGGGGAUUUUGUUUUUUUGGUUUGGACUUGGCUGGCUGGUGGCUGAUGACAUCACACGAGCUGCAGCUGCUGCAGAGGGGAGAGCGAAGAUGGCUGCGGCGAGGUACAAUAAGGAAUGAAGAGGAGGCGCCAGGAGCAGUUUCUCCCAGGAGCCGGGCAGAGAGGGCUGCACGGUGUGGGGGCAGUGUCCGGAGCAAGGGAGCACCGCGAGCGGAACAAACCCAGGCGUGCGUGGAGAGAGAAGCAGCAGCCAGACAAAACAUCUGCCCGCAGGCUGCUGCUGCUUUCCCUCUGAAGCUCUUUCCUCUUGCGGCUUCGGAAGAGGAGACAAGACGUUGGGAAGCAGAACCACAAGCAAGAAAGUAACACGGUGAAGUAGCGUAUCGCCCUUCAUUCCUCUCCCCCCUUCGCUCAGCGAAAGCAUUGCCUGCGCUAGGCAAGUCUGCUACUAGUGUUUGUCUCCCACUCUCUGCUUUCGGCGCGAGUUAAAAGAAGUUCCUUUUGUUAGGGGCAGAUUUAUCUUGGUGUCACCCUAAAACAAACAAAAAGCUUGUCUGCACGUGCCGUCUGUGUGUCUGCAGGUUUCAAGAGUGCUGGCUGUGGCUGUGUGACAAGAAAAUCCCUUAAAAAUGAAAAAGUUCACGCUGUUCGAUUUUGUAAAUGAUAAUUCACUACAAAUCGGAGAGACUUCAUGGAUUCAGGAUCUUCCCAAUGACGGCAGUGAACUAGAAGGACUCCUGAAACCAAAUGAGCAGGUGCUAGUUAACUGGCCUGUGGGAGAAAGGAAGACAGAGAAACAUUUAGUAAAAGUAGUGUACAUGAGUGAUGACCCUCAAGAGCUAGUUGAGAUGAUGCAAAAGAUAUUGCAGGCAGAUGAUAUUACAAAAAUACAAGUUGUUGGAAAAGGCAAGAGGAAGAGGAUUGAGAUGAUAUUCUCAGAGAGUGAAGAUAGUGACCUGGACAAAGGGCAGGGGAAAAUGAUGAAGAGUAUAAAAAGAAAGAAAUCAUUACAGGCCUCUGCCUCCGCCAACAUCCUGAGUCAACUUGAAACAUCUUUAAUUAACAAAAAGAGAGAACCAUAUUCUGGAAAUGCGUUUCUGUACAGUGAAAGCAGCAGUGAUGAUGAUGAGCCCUUGUUUCAGUUAUCCAAAGUGGAACUAUGUGCCAAAAUAAAAAGUCUGAAAAGGAAACUGACAGACAGUAUGAGAGAAAACUGUCGCCUACGGCAGUCACUGGUCAUGCUUCAAGUGUUGCCACAGGCAGUCACACAUUUUGAGGAACUGGUAGGUAUGGCUGAGGCCCUGCUCAAGGGGGGAGUGACCACAUCUGCCUCCAGUAUUCAUUCACACACUGUCUGGAAAGCAUCAAACAGUUCUUUAUCAGAUUCAUAUGCAACUAUCCACAGUAACUCCAAUUCACCGAUAGCAUUGAACAUGGAGGAAGAGGAGCAACAGCCUGAGAAACAGUUCAAGAUUGAAAAAUGGCAGAUUGCCCUUUGUAACAAGAGCAAGCCUCAAAAGUUUAUAAAUGAUUUGAUGCAAGCCCUUUAUACACAUGAAUACAUGGCCACGCAUAGCCUCACAGGUGCAAAAUCCUCCUCUUCAAAGGAUAAAGCAGCAAAACCAGCAAUGAAUCAGAAUGAAGUUCAGGAAAUCAUAGGAAUCACAAAACAGUUAUUUCCAAAUACAGAUGAUGCUUUAAUUCGGAGAAUGAUGGGGCAAAAGCUAAACAAUUGCACCAAGAAGCCAAUUUUAAGCAAAGAUCUUAAUUCAGUUGUUUUUCAGAAGCAUAGCUUUUGUGGUUCACCAGCUCCUCCUCCCAGUACUCAGGACACCAUCCCAUUGGCUCCUGUUUCCAGCGUGCAAGAUCAACAAGAUGAUGACUCACCGGCUCCUCCCACACCAGUUCAGCAUGGUGACAGCUCUCUGGCUCCUCCUCCUCCCAGUACACAAGCUCAGCAAGGCGGUGUCACACCAACUUCUUCCAGCAUGGAGUCUCAAGGCAGAAACUCACCAGCUCCUACUCCCAACCAGGGCUGCAGACAGGAUUUCAGGAGCUCCGACAAGAAGUAAAAGCAGACCCUUCAUAGCGGUUUAGGCAGACACUGGAGGAUGGGGACAGUAGAAAAUGGGCAGGAAGAAGUGACACUUAACAGUGUGUUCAGAACCUAGCAACAGUUGGUAAAGAUAAUGGAAGAGGAAUAGAGGUCUGGGGCCAAUUUUUUGAUUUGUAAUGAAAAUUCCACAGUGUAGAAGAAAAAUUCAAAAUGCUUCAAUAUCGUCAGAUUUAAGAUAUUAUAAAAUACAUGCAUGCCCUACUGUAGUUCAGAAUGGAUUAUAACUUGUUCCAAAAUAAUACAAAUGUUCUUUAUAACCAGAUAAUGGACACACUAUUUAAGAUAAUGCCAAAAAUAAAACCAUGAGGAGCUUCACAGCCCAGACCAAACACCCAUCUAUACAUAUGAGAGCAAGAUCUUUAGUCUUCCAGACAGAAGGUUCUUUACUAUAAUCCAAGGGAUCCAGAGAGGUUUGAAAUAUGGACAGACAGUGUUAGGAUGCAGACAGUGUUAGCCUUCAAAGGGAUGAAAAAACAGGGACUCAAGGACCCAGAUCUAGAGACUUAGGCACCUAAACCCAAAGGGGUUCCCUUUCUUGAUCCACGCCAAGAAUACUGUUGGGUCAGCAGGGAGUGCUUCUCGCAGGAGCUGCUGUUCUUUUGCCCUAAUAAGGGGAGUGGGGGAGAAGAGGGAGCUAAGGCUCACUUUUAUCUCUAAGGAGUUGGGAGGCAGCUUAGGUUUCUUUUGGCCUAGAUGCAUGGAGGACCUGGAGCAUCUUUUCUCUUCUGGAUAUAGUAAGGGUGUGGCUGCCAGCGUGUGAGAAUUUUGCCAGGGCAGUUCUCCAUAUUAGCCCUCCAUAUUCACCUAUAUGUGGUCUGGUGAACUUUAGAUUAUUUCUUAGAAGGGUGUGAGAGAAAAGGCAGAUUACAGUAAUCACCUGGCAGCACUGAGAGCCCUGUCUAAUUUGAAAAACUGUCCCUUAAAGUUGUGUGUCUUUCUCCACUCCAUUUCCCACAGCUUCCCACUCCGUUUUACCUCAUGGGAGGAGGUGCAGGGGACAGACACCUGAUUCUGCUGGCUGAGGUCAUGACCUCCUCUUCAGGCCUCGUUUCUGCCAGUGCCCUGGCUCUACAAAGUUUAGUUGAUUCACAAGUCCCAAAUAUCCCUUUUUUCACUGAACAGGAAGAGUCUCUUCUCUUUUUCUCCAGGGGCUAGAAAGGGGGUUAUGAAGGGAGAGAGGAGCUCCUGCUCCUCUUGACCUGGAGGGCAGUUCUCUUGAGGAAGGGACUUCUUGUGGAGGAUAAAGAUAGUAGCUGCUGCUGCUGUCCAUAGUGUCUGACAUACCUCCUCUGGCUGGCUUGGAGAGACAAUAGGACAGGGUCUGACAGGAAGUAUGUUCCUGCUGUGGGUGCUGUAGCUCUGUGGUAACUAUGGUAUCUGCCUUUGAGAACUGACCACCCCCUUUAGCUUGGUCCACUGAAUGAUGAGUGUUCCACUGUAGCUGAUCAAAGAGAUGCAGCUGGCAGGCCAGUUUGACUUUGGAUAGGAUAGGGAGGGGUAGUAGGAUUGAGCGGGACCUCUGUCUUUGGAAACCUUAGAGACACACUUUCCCCAUAAUUCUUUGCAGGGUUUUUGUUGUUGACUUCUGGCUUCCCAAUAAAUCUGUUAAUGAUAUAUGGGCCAGAGUAAGCUUGGGUGCAGGAAGCAUCUGAAAUAUUGCUUUUAAUUUUGAGCAUCUCAUUCCCAGAAAGAUAUUGACAAAUUAGAGGGAGUUCACAGAAGAGAAACAAAGUUAUUGAAGAACUCAUUUAGUGGAAAAAAAACUAACAGACCUACAUAUUUUUUCCUGGCUAAGCAGUGACUAAGGAUCAGAGCCCACAGUAAAAGUCUACACAUGUUAGGGUCUAAAUGUGGAGGAGAUAGAGAAGUUAUUUAGAUUGGUUUAAGGAUAUAUAAAUAUAAGUAACAGGAUGAAGUUAAGAAAGAGAAUAUUUUGGGUGAAUGUCAAAAAAAUUGUCUUGACAGUAAGAUGUAAUAGGCUGUGAAAUGAGGUCUCCCAAGGAAAGUGCUGAAAGCCCAGUUUAUGUGACACUAAUAAAUGCACUGUAAAGAAGAUUCCUGCAUAUGCAGGGGAAUGGACUAGGUGUUCUAAUAGGUCUCCAUCUUUGACAUCUCUGGUUUUCCUUGUAGAUAAGUUUAAGAUGAAAGCAGAUAAAACAACAUGCCAGAAGGCUUUGGCUCAUGGUGUUAACACCAUAGAUAAAAUAUAGCUAAAAGGACAUUUUGCUACUGUGUAUAUAUUGUACAUAAAACUGUAUGUAUUGCAUUAUUAAUGUAUAUACUUAAUCAUAUUUUUGAAGCGACUUUCUUUAAAAAUACAAAAAUUAAAAUUUACUGUGUCUUACUGUCAUAUUUUAUUCUUCUGCAUUCUCCUUUUAUGUCUGAACAUUUCCUUUCAUCAGCCUCUUUUCUUGUUCUCUACACUCCUCUUAUCUAUUUGCUGUAGGACUUCCUAAGCCCCAAAGCUAGAGGCCCACAAAAUCCAUGGUCAGUGGAGGCCUUAGCCUGGAUCAUAAAGGCUCCCUGAUCUGAAAGACCUCCUCAGAGCUGCCUGUGGCUGUGGUGCAUUUCCUUUGAUGAGCUGCCAGCCAGGCUUCUGGACAUGGGCAGCAGUUCAGCCAAGGAGCUUUACAACAUCUGACAGCAGUAAGCACAACAGAUGGAGUCAAACACAAAUAGCUGUGCUCUGACUUUCUCUUGGCACAGGCAGAUAACAGCCCUGAAAGAUGUUGCUACACUCCUGAUUAUAACUACAAAAGUUUUUUCCUCUUGCUGACAAUAGCCC